UUCAUUCCGCCAACCCUCGUUCGACAUUCUGUCUCGCUCAGAUCACGUUCUCACUUUUCACACAUAUAUCGUUCAAGAAACAAAAACUUUUCACACAGAACUUUCCUCUCAAUUACAAAAGCCUCCCCCAGAUGAAACGAAUCUGAAGCUAGCCUGCAGCCUCCAUUCCAACAGCAGACGCAGAGCAAAGCAAAGCAAAAGCAGCAGCUGCGCCAACAACAACCAACCAGGCACAAGCAAAGUUUUCGCCCAAAGUACAAACCCAUUUGCUCUGUCCCAGGCUCCCAGCAACCAAGCACACCGCCGACCAUUCUUCCAAUCUAGAGCGCGCCGAGGCCAAGAACCGCGCAAUGCGCAAGGCGCUCAUCAACGCCGUCCUAUUCCCGGUCCUCGCCGUGCUCGUCGCCCUCGCCCUCCUCUACUUCGUUCGCCGCCGCCGCCGCCGCGGCGGUGGCGCGGUGCUGCCCUCCCACGGCGGCGCGAGGGGGCACCGGCUCCAGGCGGCCGGAUCGAGCGGGUACGUCCCCGGCGGGGAGGAGGCGCUAGUGCGGUUCCCCAGCGGCGAGGCGCUCACGGUGGCCGCGAUCCUCGAGGCGCCCGGCGAGGUGGUGGCCAAGUCGGCGCACAGCACGCUGUACCGCGCCGGGCUCAACGCUGGGGAGGCCGUGGCGCUGCUCCGCUUCGUUCGCCCGGCAUGCGCCGCGGGCGCCGAGGAGGCAGUGGCGGCGGCGCGGCUGCUGGGCCCCGUGCGGCACACGAACCUUGUGCCGAUCCGCGCGCUCUACGUCGGCCCGCGCGGGGAGAAGCUGCUUGUGCACCCCUUCUACGCCGCCGGCUCGCUCCGCCGGCUCUUGCAAGAGGGAAUAAAUGAUUCACAGAGAUGGGAGAUAAUUUGCAAGUUAUCCAUUGGUAUUGUCAAGGGACUGGACCACCUUCACACAGGAUCACAGAAACCGAUCAUUCAUGGCAACCUCAAAACAAAUAACAUUAUGCUCGAUGCUGAUUUCCAGCCAAGGAUAUCAGACUUUGGCCUCUACCUUCUACUAAAUCCUGCAGCUGCACAAGAGGUGCUCGAGACAUCUGCAGUGCAGGGGUAUAAGGCUCCAGAACUGAUCAAGAUGAGGGAUGUCACCAGGGAGAGCGAUAUCUACAGCUUGGGGGUAAUUAUGCUCGAGAUGCUUACCGAAAAGGAGAUCGCAAAUGAUAACCCGCCGAACGCCCGUGACAUCCAUUUGCCAGCCUCUUUCAAAGAUCUGGUUCUCGAGAGGAAGAUAUCAGAUGCUUUCAGUUCUGAGCUCAUCAAACAAAGCAAGAAUUCUGGGAAGGAAGAGAAUCUAAACGCUUACUUCGAACUGGCAACAGCUUGCUGUAACCCUUCAUCGUCAUUGAGACCGGAUACAAAGAAAAUACUCAAAAGGCUUCAAGACAUAGCAAGAUAAUAAAUGCGCGGCGAGGUUCCAACUUCCUAUUUAGAAAGUGUGGUGUUGUACCAGGAUAGUUUUAGUAUGUCUAAGUAUAUUGUCGGUUACUUCUUGCACCGAAGCAUACAGCAGAGUUUGUAUUGGGGCAUUUGGAGAGUGAGAAUUUAGAAGCAACAAGCAUGUAUAGGGAUACAUUCCACGCAAUUGCAGAUUAACUCAUCCGUUCACAUUAGAUCAUCUCCAAUCAUAUUCCCUUUAUUUCAUUCCCUUCCCGAUUCCCUUCUCCGUUCUUAUUCCUUUUAUUUUCUCUCAUCUCUAACAGCUUCCCUUCGAGAGGAAUCGCGAAGAGAAAGGAGAGAGAAUCCCGUCCUGAAGCGAAUGACCCUGGGAAUCUCUUCGUGACGGGAACCGUGAAGGGAAACCGUUGGAGCGCUAAAGAGAACGAAAAUCCCGUCGUGAAGGGAUUUUGGUCCCUGAAGGGAAACCGUUGAAGAUGGUCUAACGUGGGUGCUUCCAACGUGGGAAUUUCUAUAAGAUUUUCUUUUUUCUGUGGAACCUGAAUUUUUCUUAAUUGCAUUUGUCUUGCCUCA